AUGACGGGUGGAAGCGUGUCUUUCGGUUGCAAGAAGUAUUGGGCCACUAAGAACCCCCGAAUUUCUCCAUUGUUUCCACAGACUUGCAUUGAACAAGAUAGGCUGGGUCAAGUGUUUGAAGAUGCGAUUGAAGUAUUGACACAGAAUUCAGUUGGAGAACUUCAAUAUCCCCCAGAUCACAAAAAUUACAUGACUUUCGUUAACCAGUAUCCUCACAUCAGAGGCAGCUCCGGUUGCUGCGGGUUUGUGCACCCAGAAGAACCCACCUGUAAUUGGAGAAGUGUAAUGAAUGGUUCUGCGGACUUGUAUCCAGAAGAAAGUUUUCAUCAGUCUCUGCAGAACAUAACUGAAAGCCAACUGGUACAAGCCUCCAUUUUCCAGCAAAAGGGAGGAAAAGGCAGGAGGAAGCUCCGGCUGUUCGAAUACCUUUUCGAAUCUCUGUGUGACUCGGAGAUGGCGUCUUGCAUCCAGUGGGUCGACAAAACCAAAGGUGUCUUUCAGUUUAUCUCAAAAAACAAAGAAAAGCUGGCUGAGCUUUGGGGGAAGCGAAAAGGCAACCGAAAACCCAUGACUUACCAGAAGAUGGCCAGAGCCCUGAGAAACUAUGCCAGGACAGGGGAGAUCACGAAAAUCCGCAGGAAACUAACCUACCAGUUCAGUGAAGCUGUUCUCCAGAAACUGUCUCCAUCUUACCUCCUGGGGAGAGACAUCUUCUGCUCACAGUAUGGCCAGUAUGAUCAGGAAUAUCUCAGCCUGAACCCCUGGAAUGUAAACCAUUAUACCUAUGCGGGUUACCCGAGCUAA